AUGUUGCGUCCAACGCAAUCUCUUAUGCUGCGUUCGUCGCUGCGCCAGCUGGCGUCGGCGUCCAACCAGCCCAUCCCACCUGGAUCCGAGAUCAAUGCAGUCAAGCGCACCGCCGCCACCAUUUUGCCGCCGGUCAAGCUUUACAGGAGACUGCUCCGUGCCCACAGGAAGCUGGACGCCGAUAUGCGUGCCGUCGGCGAUAACUAUAUCAAGGACGAGUUCCGAAGGCACAGGUCGAUCGACAAUCCUCUCCAGAUCGUCGGCUUCCUGAGCUCGUGGAAGAUGUACUUGGACCAGCUCGAGGUGCAGCAGGGUCAACCCGGCGGGUUCCGAGGACAACGUCUGGACCCGCAGCUGCUCGAAAAGAUGUCGGACGAGCAGAUCUACCAGAUCCACGAUCUCAUGACUGCCACCCAGGAAGCCUACUCCGAGAAGGCGCAAGCACACCCGCCACACCAGCAGCGUGAACUGGCCGAGAAGGCGGCGGCAGAGGCUGGCAUGUCUGUCAAGAAGGACACUUGA